AUGCCUCUCCAGAUAUUCUGCACCAUCUCCUUCUCCAGCGAGGAAGCACCAAGAGACGCUGCAGCUGCAGAGGACAAGGAGGAGGAGGAGGAUGAGGAGGAGGACAAGGAGGACGAGGAGGACGAGGACGAAGAGGAGGAGGAUGAAGAGGAGGAGGAGGACGUGGGGGCAGCCAGGGACUUCGUGGCCUUUGCCAGCAGCUGCACACUGCAUGGACUGAGCCACAUCUUUGUGGAGGGCAGCCUGGGUGCUCGGCAGGCGCUCUGGGCACUGGCCUUCCUCCUCUCCCUCUCCGUCUUCCUCUACCAGGUAGCCGACCGCAUCGUCUACUACCUGGAGUACCACCACGUCACGCUGCUCAGCGAGGAGGACAGCCCCGAGAUGACCUUCCCUGCCAUCACCUUCUGCAACAUCAACCGUGUGCGGGUCUCUCAGCUCAGCCAUGAGGACUUGCUCUACCUGGCCCCCCUGGUUGACUACGAGCCCGGGAUGGAGUUGGGCUUCUCCCCGGCCCAGCCUGGCCCUGAGGAUGAGGACGAGCCCCUAAAUUUGUACAGGUUUUUUAACCGCACUUGCCACCAGCUGGAGGACAUGCUGCUGAGCUGCAGCUACCGGGGUGAGCAGUGUGGCCCCGGCGACUUCGUGGCGGUCUUCACCCGCUAUGGGAAGUGCUACACCUUCAACUCGGGGCAGGACGGGAAGCCCCGGCUCAUCACCAUGAAAGGAGGAACCGGCAACGGCCUGGAGCUCACCCCGCUUCUCUCUGCUGCAGAUGAGACCUCGUUUGAAGCCGGGAUCAAGGUGCAGAUCCACAGCCAGGAUGAGCCACCACUGAUUGACCAGCUGGGCUUUGGGGUGGCUCCUGGCUUCCAGACCUUCGUGUCCUGCCAGGGACAGCGGCUCAUCUACCUGCCAUCUCCCUGGGGUGACUGCAAGGCGGCGGCGGGCGAUUUGGAGUUUUACGACACUUACAGCAUCACUGCCUGUCGCAUCGACUGCGAGACCCGCUACCUGGUGGAGAACUGCAACUGCCGCAUGGUGCACAUGCCAGGCGAUGCCCCUUACUGCACCCCGGAGCAGUACAAGGAGUGUGCGGAUCCAGCUUUAGAUUUCCUGGUGGAGAAGGACAAUGAGUACUGUGUCUGCGACAUGCCCUGCAACGUGACUCGCUACGGCAAAGAGCUCUCCAUGGUGAAGAUCCCCAGCAAGGCCUCUGCCAAGUACCUGGCCAAGAAGUACAACAAGUCGGAGCAGUACAUCGGGGAGAACAUCCUGGUGCUGGAUAUCUUCUUUGAAGCCCUGAAUUACGAGACAAUUGAGCAGAAGAAGGCGUACGAGGUGGCCGGCUUGCUGGGUGACAUCGGAGGGCAGAUGGGGCUGUUCAUUGGGGCCAGUAUCCUCACAGUACUGGAGCUGUUCGACUACGCCUACGAGGUGAUAAAGCACCGGCUGUGCCGGAGGGGCAAGUGCCACAAGAACCACAAGAGGAACAAUACGGACAAGGGCGUCGCGCUGAGCAUGGACGACGUGAAACGCCAUAAUCCCUGUGAAAGCAUACGGGGCCACCCGGCAGGUAUGACGUACGCAGCCAACAUCCUACCUCAUCACCCGGCCCGGGGCACCUUUGAGGACUUCCCCUGCUAA